GGAAAAAAAGAAAAGAAAAAAGAAGCCAAACCCAGCCAUAAAAAAGAAAAGAAAAAAAGAGAGGAUAGGCGAAUGGGAGAGAGCUCUCUUUCAAUGGUUGAACUAUUAUUAUUAGCACAAAAUACAUCUCUCAUUUAAGAAAUGAAAAUGUCGAGGACGGGUUUUGGUGGGUUUCUAAUAUUGAGUUGAAAGAUGCGAUUUUUUUUUUAAUUCUCACUGACUGAAUGGUUGAUUUGACUGGGUCUGAGAUUUAAUCUGCUCUAUUUGAUUUCUGAUCGUCUAAACAAAAUGAACGGUGGCGAUGAAGUCGCUGAAGCUCCGGCAAGUCCACCACAGCCUCUAGAGUGGAAAUUCUCUCAGGUAUUCGGUGAACGAACAGCCGGUGAAGAAGUACAAGAAGUUGAUAUUAUUUCAGCUAUUGAAUUUGAUAGAUCUGGUGAUCAUCUUGCUACUGGUGAUCGUGGAGGCCGCGUGGUUCUCUUUGAGAGGACUGACACUAAGGAUCAUGGCAGAUCCAGAAGGGAUCUGGAGAGGAUGGGUUACCCAAUUAGUAGGCAUCCUGAGUUUCGAUAUAAAACAGAAUUUCAGAGCCAUGAACCUGAGUUUGACUAUCUCAAGAGCUUAGAAAUAGAGGAGAAAAUCAACAAAAUCAGAUGGUGCCAAACAGUCAAUGGUGCUCUCUUUCUCCUAUCUACUAAUGAUAAAACCAUCAAGUAUUGGAAGGUCCAAGAAAAGAAGGUGAAGAAAAUUUCUGAGAUGAAUGUGGACCCUUCAAAAGCUGUAGGAAAUGGUGGCGUUGCCAGUUCAAGUAAUUCAAGUAUUGGUAAACAAUAUCUUGCAAAUGGAGGAGACAAGUCACACAAUUUACCAAGCAAUGACCUGAGCAUUUUACCUGGUGGUUUUCCAUCAUUGCGUUUACCUGUGGUGACUAGCAACGAGACAAGCUUGAUGGCUAGAUGUCGAAGGGUGUAUGCCCAUGCGCAUGACUAUCAUAUUAAUUCAAUUUCAAACAACAGUGAUGGUGAAACUUUUAUAUCAGCCGAUGACCUCCGAAUAAAUCUUUGGAAUUUGGAAAUUAGCAAUCAAAGUUUCAAUAUUGUUGAUGUCAAACCUGCAAAUAUGGAGGAUUUAACUGAGGUUAUAACAUCAGCAGAAUUCCACCCCAGCCAUUGCAAUAUGUUAGCAUACAGCAGUUCAAAAGGCUCAAUCCGACUCAUUGAUAUGCGACAAUCAGCUUUGUGUGACUCUCAUGCCAAAUUGUUUGAGGAACCAGAGGCACCAGGCUCCAGAUCAUUUUUUACAGAAAUAAUUGCCUCAAUCUCUGAUAUUAAAUUUGCAAGGGAUGGAAGACAUAUACUAAGUCGUGAUUACAUGACUCUUAAGCUGUGGGAUAUCAAUAUGGAUUCAGGUCCAGUUGCAACCUUCCAGGUUCAUGAAUAUUUAAGACCAAAGUUGUGUGAUUUAUAUGAAAACGAUUCCAUCUUUGAUAAAUUCGAGUGUUGUUUGAGUGGUGAUGGACUGCGAGUUGCAACAGGCUCCUACAGCAAUCUGUUCCGAGUGUUUGGCUGUGCCCUGGGAAGUACUGAGGCAUCAACUUUAGAAGCCAGCAAAAAUCCAAUGAGGAGACAAGUCCAGACCCCUUCAAGGCCUUCGAGAUCCCUAAGCAGCAUAACACGCGUUGUAAGACGGGGAGCAGAAGGCCCAGGAGUUGAUGCGAAUGGAAAUUCUUUUGAUUUCACCACGAAGUUGCAUCACCUAGCAUGGCAUCCAACUGAAAAUUCCAUUGCCUGCGCUGCUGCAAACAGCUUAUACAUGUACUAUGCAUAAAGAUGAUCCGCGGAAGAAAUGUAAUGCUGCUGGAGAAGAUUUCUUUUCCUUUCCCACCGAGUUAGGUGGAGGCUACAACAAUAUUUGCAUUUCAAAUGCCUUCAACCUGCAGCACUUGCUAUGUUAUAUCGUUGACCUGAAAUGGCUAUUGAAGAAUCCAGGAGGAAGCAACGUGUUCUCUAUGGGGCCAGCUAGAUCUCAUCCCCCCCCCCAAAAAAAAGAAAAAAGAAAAAAAGAAAAUCCCUUUCCUUUUUCCACCCUUUACACCGUAUCUUCUAAAAUAGAAGAUGCCUUUAUGUCCAAGUCGUGUUGUUGAAGUUGUAAGAAAAUGUGAUUGUAGCUCUUCUACAGCAAAACGUAAAGGAUUUUCAGUAUUUGCCACUAGGUUGAAGGUGAAUGUAGUUUUACGUAGAUCUUGGUGGGAAGGAGCUGUUGAAACUUUCAAUGCAAUUUUUCAAUUGAUUCUUUAUCAUGCUUGAAACUUGGAUGUUUCAUUCC